AUGUAUAAAAGGGCUCGUUUACCCGUCUGUCAGCAGAAUGUGCCACCAUCACAGAUGCCGGAAAAAAUGGAGACAUGGGAGGUCCCAAAAUGGAGGCCUAUGCUUGUUGUGGAUGGGGACUUGAUGAUGUAUCUUAGAGCUGCAAAAAGUGUGGCAGCAUUUACAGGGAUGUGUGAUGGAGGCUCAACAGAUGAUGGUUGCCAGGCAGCCUCUAUGGACGAGACCACCAUUAAUGCUAUGGAUACAUUACAUAAUCACAGCUAUGACACAGGAAAAGCUCUGCAAGCUCUGGUCAAGUCUCCAGCCCUUCGUAGCAUUGAAAAGAAGUGGACAGAUGAAGACUCGGUGAAUGUAUUUAUAUAUUGA